CCUUGAAUGAUCAUGGAGCGCUUUCCGUUUUUGCGUUACGUGUAAUGUGAAUAUUUGGCAAUUCAACUACGUUCACUUCUACUUCAUGGAUUACGAAAGUGUGCUUUUGGUUAAAAAUGAAGUGUUCGUGUAUCGAAUUCCCCCCAGACCAUCUAAUCGAGGAUAUAGAGCUAAUGAUUGGAACUUAGAAGCACCUAUGUGGACUGUAAGGCUUCGCGUUGUUUCCAAGGGAAAAGAUCUAGUCAUACUAUUGGAGGACAAAAACUCUGGACAGUUAUUUGCUAAAUGCCCUGUAGACUCCUUUCCUGGAAUAUCAGUUGAACCAGUUCUCGACUCAAGUCGGUAUUUUGUUAUUCGACUUGUAAGUAAUGAUGGACGGACCACGUUCACUGGAAUUGGUUUCACAGAGCGAUCAGAUUCUUUUGACUUAAAUGUAGCAAUUCAGGACCACUUUAAGUGGUUAAAACAAGAAAAAGAAGCUGAGGAAAUGGAGAAAAUAGCAGCUGAUCAACCAGCUAUAAAUAUGGCGUUCAAACAAGGCGAAAAGAUUAAAUUGAAUCUUAACACACGACGUACGGGAGAUGAGCCUAAUCAGAAGUCAAAAGUUUCACGUCCAAUCGGUGGUGGUGGAUUAUCCGGCGGCGGUGGUGGUAGUGGUCUACUGCCUCCUCCACCGCCACCAGCUAUUUCUCGUUCCCGUGGAAGUCGUACUACUACUACUCCUACUACGACGACCACUGGGGAGACUGUAAACUUUCCAACAUCUUUUGAUUUAGUCAGCAGUGAUUCACAACAAUCGGACAAUGUACUUUCUAUGCCUACGUCUAAUAAUCCUACUUCUACUAAUACUAACACUACCACCAGUACUAAUGCUACUGCUACGGCUACCUCAAAUAUGGAUCUUUUAAAUGAUAUUUUUGGGAAUUCUGGACAGUUCUAAACAAAUAUCGAUUAUCCUGCUAUGCUAAUCAAUUAUUAUUGUUAUCACUAUUCCUUUUCACUUCGUAUCCAUUCCUUUUCAUGCUCUGAUAUCAAAAAAAUAAUGUCUGUCUGUUUUUUUUCACAGUCAAUAAUUAUAUAUACAUAUAUAUAUAUAUAUA